AUGACUAGAAAAGAUAAAAAAAAUACAACGUGUAAUUGCUGUGGUCUCUCUCUUUCAACACCACAAAAACUUCGUCAACAUUAUGCUAGUAAUAAAACUCUAUGCCACUUAUCAGUUCCGUCUCCUAAUCAACUACCGCAACUUGAUCCAGAAAUAGAAUAUCUCGAUGCAUUGGGAUUAUUUGAUUCCUCAGAAAUUGGUGAAAGCAGUCAUUCAGAGAUUAAUUCAUCUUCAGAGGUUGAAAGAGAAUAUCUCGAAACAUUAGGAAUAUUAGAACCCAUUCCACAAUUCCAUCAAACGGAUAUUAUUAGUUCAGGAU